CUCCGCCCCGAGUCAUUUCACGCGUGCGCGCAUCGAGACAGAUCGGAGCAGCAGCAGGAGGAGGAGGAGGAGGAGGAGGAGGACUCUUCGUCGCCGGAGAUGACGACGAACGGGGAGAGAAGCGGCGUGGCAGCGGCGGCUGGGAGGAAGGAGGAGGUGGCGGCGCGGCCGUUCAGGCUCGCGGAGCUGGGGCUCCGGCUGUGCGCGGGGCCGCUCGCCGUCGCGUCGCUGUGGGAGAUGGCCACCAACAAGCAGGUGGACGCGACCUACGGCGAGGUCAGCUUCUCCGACGUCUCCGGCUUCAGGUAUUUGGUCUGCAUCAACGCCAUCACGGCUGCGUACUCGGUGGCCUCCAUUCUGCUGUCAUCCUUCAAGUUCAUCACUCGCUUUGAUUGGCUCAUUUUCCUCCUGGACCAGGCGUCGGCGUACCUGCUGCUGACGUCGGCGUCGGCGGCGGCGGAGGUGGUGUACCUGGCGCGGGAGGGCGACCGGGAGGCGUCGUGGGGGGAGGUGUGCUCCUACUUCGGCCGCUUCUGCGGCGGCGCCACCGUGUCCGUGGCGCUGAACGCCGCCGCGCUGCUCUGCUUCAUGGCGCUCUCCCUCAUCUCCGCCUUUAGGGUCUUCACCAAGUUCGCCCCGCCUUCUCCUCCCUCCUCUGAACCCGACCAGCUCGCGGAGGAGCAAGGCAAGCAGUAGCGCAGCUGCAAAACACACUG